UACUCCCUCCUUCGGUCCUUCCUCUUCUUUCCUUUUAUUUCUCUACUUUCCUCCUUUUUGGAUCACCCGUGACUUUAGACUACCCAUUUUGGAUCACCCGUGACUUUAGACUCCCCAAUUAAGUGAUCGCUUCACCAAUUAUAUAGUCAAGAUAGAGCGACUAGUCAAAGAAGAUGCAAUGCUUCACUUCAACCAUAAAAAGCCUUCUUUUUCUAUAAACUCUCACCCUUCUCUCAAUAUCUAGAUCUCUCGUGGACACUCAUCAUGAUGCAAACAAAAACGCACUCCAUUCUCCUGUUCUUGGGUUUUUUGUUAGCGCAGUCAUGCACGUUUCAGUUGGCUCACUCUUCCACCAACAUUACCGACCGAUCAGCUCUCAUUGCUUUCAAUUCUAAAAUCAGAUCCAGUUCAAACGAAACUGUCUUGGCUGGUAAUUGGUCCACAACUACAAACUUCUGCAAUUGGAUUGGUGUUUCGUGUAGCCGACGCAGGCAAAGAGUCACUGCUUUGAACCUUUCCUACAUGGGCCUCCAAGGCACCAUUUCUCCUCAUAUUGAAUAUGGUUCCGAAGGAAAAGUCUCCAUCAAAGGUGAUGUUUAUAGCUAUGGUAUAAUAAUGCUGGAGAUGAUCACAAGGAAGAAACCUACCGACGACAUGUUUGUAGGAGAGUUGACUUUGAGAAAAUGGAUAAACACAUCACUUCCUGACAAAAUAAUGGACGUUGUGGAUGACGGUUUAUUGGGAAUAGAAAAUGGAAGAGAUGUAACUAUCAUGCAAAGUGUUCUCUCAUCCAUCAUGGAAUUAGGCUUAAGAUGUUCGGAAGAGUUACCAGAUGAAAGAGUCGAUAUCAAAGAUGUGCUUGGGAAGCUUCAAAAAAUUAAACUGACACUUUCUGAAAACAAAAAUCGGGGUAUCUGAUAUCUUUUUAUAUUGGUUUUAUUUGAUUUGUCUUUUUUAUUUCUUAAAGUACUUUCAA